AUACUCUCUCUCUCCGAUAUCCUCGGCUGAGCUUAUCUUCUCCUUCAACGUCUGCUUCAGAAGAUAAAAUACCGCCGCACCAUGCCGGCAGCCGCCAUUUCUUCUGCUCUCCGGUUUCCUCUUUCUCGAUCAAGCUCCUCUAAGUCCCAUUCCAGAAAGUGUGCCGGGGGAGGGUUCGGCGUGUUCUCUAUGCAUGGGGAGGACGGAGGGUCAGCAGACAAGAAAAGUCCAUGGCUGACACUUUUUAACGUAGAAGAUCCAAGAUCAAAAAUUCCCCAAUGUAAGGGAAAGUUCCUUGAUGUAAAUAUUGCUUUGGAAGUGGCUCGAUAUGACAUACAGUAUUGUGAUUGGAAAGCUCGUCAAGAUGUCCUUUCCAUUAUGCUUCUGCAUGAGAAGGUUGUUGAAGUAUUAAACCCUCUUGCCCGUGAUUAUAAAUCUAUUGGAACCAUGAAGAAGGAACUCGCAGAUUUGCAAGAAGCACUUGCAGAAGCACACAAACAGGUGUACACAUCAGAGGCACGAGUUUCUGCCGCUUUAGGUAAGUUGGCUUACAUGGAAUCAUUAGUAAAUGAUAGGCUGCUGCAAGAUCAGAACACAGCAGAAGUGGAUAGAUCGUUCCCUUCUCUUAGUACGCCACAGUGUUUAGAUACUGUUGAGAGGAAGUUGCCCCAAAGAAGUCUAAACGUGUCGGGUCCCAUCCAAAAAUACAGUGAUCAUCUGAAGAACUUUUGGUACCCUGUUGCUUUCUCCACUGAUCUUAAGGAUGAUACCAUGAUGCCAAUUGAGUGCUUUGAGCAACCAUGGGUGAUCUUUCGUGGGAAAGAUACAAAGCCUGGAUGCAUCCAGAACACCUGUGCUCAUAGAGCCUGUCCCCUUCAUCUAGGUUCAGUAAAUGAUGGCCGCAUACAGUGUCCUUACCAUGGAUGGGAAUACACUACAGAUGGAAAUUGUGAGAAAAUGCCUUCAACGAAAUUACUAAAUGUAAAGCUGAAAUCUUUGCCAUGCUUUGAGCAAGAAGGCAUGAUUUGGAUUUGGCCUGGAAAUGAUCCUCCAGAAGCUGCAAUACCUUCUUUAAAGCCUCCUCCAGGAUUUCAAAUCCAUGCGCAGAUUGUCAUGGAACUCCCUGUGGAGCACGGUUUACUUUUAGACAACCUUUUGGAUCUUGCACACGCUCCUUUCACCCAUACUUCAACUUUUGCUAAAGGAUGGAGUGUACCAAGCUUGGUGAAGUUUUUGACCCCUGAAUGUGGUCUACAAGGAUACUGGGAUCCAUAUCCAAUUGAUAUGGAAUUUCGACCGCCUUGUAUGGUUUUAUCUACUAUUGGACUAUCGAAGCCUGGCAAACUGGAGGGGAAGAAUACUAAGCAGUGUGCUACACACCUUCACCAACUACAUGUGUGCUUACCUUCAUCAACGCAGAAGACAAGGUUAUUAUAUAGGAUGUCUCUGGAUUUCGCCCCAAUGCUCAAACACUUCCCCUUCAUGCAAUAUUUGUGGAGGCACUUAGCUAAGCAGGUCAUGAAUGAGGAUUUGCGGCUUGUGAUUGGGCAACAAGACCGCAUGAUCAAUGGCGCUAACAUCUGGAAUAUUCCGGUUCUGUAUGAUAAGCUGGGAGUAAGAUAUAGGGUUUGGCGGGCUGCGAUAGAACGAGGAGCUGAAAAGUUACCUUUCAGUAAAUGAGCGUUUCAACUUUCAACUACAACCAAUAAUGGCCUCCGGGUUACUUCUACUGAAGUGUUAUUUCUGAUAUUCAACUCAAAGAGAAGGAGUUGCAUAUGUUUACCAACACACUUCAGGCCAAUGUCCCCAUUCCAAUUAGUACAGUUUUGAGAGGAAGCAACGGAUCACGCAGCUAUUAUUUGAUGAGAAAUCAACUGUCUGUACAUGUCUGGUGUAAAAAGAUGGUGUACAUAAAAACAUUUAUCUAUCAGUUUGAUGGCUAAGCAUUGAUCUAUCAGUUUGAGCAGAGUUGUUUGUUUGUUAGUACCACUUUGAACAAACAACGUUACACCUAACUUCCUCAUUCUUUAGGCUCAUUGGAGUCAUUGCUGCCCGGAUGGAAUGGUAAAUGUAAAUUCUGUUUUAUUUUCUCCCCAACAUACUACAUAGGGGUUGACUUAAUGGAAUGCCAAGCUCCUUUAUUGGAAUUUGGAGCGACUCUGUUAAACCCUGAUCUCCCUUACUAUUAUUGUGUCUUUGCACACAUUCUGUAGGUACUAAUAUAAUUUAUCAAAAUCCCCCUUUUCUUGAUUUUUUUUUGUAUAUACAUGAUGAGUGUAAGCAGAACUGUUCUGGAGUUGUAUUACUCUGCAAUGACAAAUAAAAUAGUUAAAUAACACUCCGUAAUAG